AUGGCCGCCGCCGACGCGUCCCCCUCGUCGUCCUCCGCCUCCGCCUCCGCCCCCGCCCCUCGCCGCGUCAACACGCCCCCGAGCUCCUCCUCGAACAAUGGCUCUACAGGCGACAGCCUUGAUCCCGACCUCGAAUUAGAACUCGACCUCGAGCACCCCGAGCCGUAUGUCGCCGACGAUGUCGAGUGGGGUCGCGGCGGCAGCAGGGGCCAGGGGGACGGCAGGAGUAUCCAGCUAACGCCGCUGGGAGGGAAGCAGGAGUACGGAAACAGGCACGAUGACGCCGAGGACGCCGAGGAUGAAGAAGACGAGGAGGAGAAGCGCUUCCUGCCUGGGCGCGGAACCGGUGGUGGGGACGCCGACGACGCCGGGCGGGACUUCGAGCUGUACACGCCGGACGAAGAGGCGGCCGUGGUGAAGCGGUUGGAUCGGAGACUUGUGCUUUUCAUGGGCUUGUUGUACAUGCUGAGCUUCUUGGACCGGUCGAACAUCGGCAACGCGAAGAUCGCGGGCAUGUCGAGGGAUUUGUCUCUCAGCUCGGACCAGUACGAGUGGCUGCUCACGUCCUUCUACAUCACAUACAUUCUCUUCGAGUUCUCUACGCUCCUAUACCGCCUCGUGCCUCCACACAUCUACAUCCCCAUCUGCGUCUUCUCCUGGGGCCUCAUCGCCUCGCUGCAAUCGCUCAGCACCUCCUUCGGCACCCUGAUCGCGCUGCGUGCCCUGCUCGGCGUCAGUGAGGCCGCCUUCGGGCCCGGCGUGCCCUUCUACCUGUCCUUCUUCUUCCGCCGCGACGAGCUGGCCUUCCGCACCGGCCUCUUCAUCUCCGCCGCCCCGCUGGCCACGUCCUUCGCCAGCACCCUCGCUUGGCUCAUCACCAAGCUCGGCGAGGGCGGCCCGUGGGCCCCCUGGCGCCUACUCUUCCUCGUCGAGGGCUUCCCCAGCCUCUUCGUCGCCAUCUGGGCUUGGAGCUUCGUGCCCGACGGCCCCGGCGAGGCCCGCUGGCUGAGCGCCCGCGAGCGCGAGGUCGCGGUGCUGAGGCUGCGCGGGGAGCGGGAGAUGGAGGCUGCGGCAAGGGAGAAGGAUGAAGAGGACGAGGGUGGCAGCAGCCUUCGGAAGGGGACGACGAAGAAGAAGAGAGGCGUGGACUUCAAGGAGGUGUUGCAGACGCUGAUGGAUCCGAAGUGCUACCUCACCGCGUUCAUGUUCUUCAGCUGCAACGUUGCCUUCUCCUCCGUCCCCGUCUUCCUUCCGACCAUCAUCAAAGAAAUGGGCUACACAUCCCUGACGUCGCAAGCCCUCUCCGCGCCGCCCUACCUCAUCUCCUUCCUCACCGUCCUCGCCACCGCCUCCCUCUCGGACCGCUACCGCACGCGCUCCCUCCCGCUCAUCCUGCACGCCCUCCUCGCCAGCCUCUCCUUCACCCUCAUCUGCCUCCUCGGCUACUACUCUUCCUCCUCCUCCGGCCAACAGCCAGGAUCAGGAUCGGAAUCGGACCCGCUGACCAACUCCCCGACCGACGACCCCCACCCCCCGGCCGUCACCUGGACGCACUUCCUGCGCUACCUCGCCCUCUACCCGGCCACGGCCGGCUUCUUCUCCGCCGUCACCCUCAUCAUCGCCUGGACGCUCAACAACCAGGAGACGGCCACCCGCCGCGGCGCCGGCAUGGCCGUCCUCAACGUCGUCGGCCAGUGCGGCCCCUUGCUCGGCACCCGCCUGUUCCCCGAGGAGGAGGGCCCUUAUUACGUGCGCGGCCUCGGCACCUGCGCCGGCUUCAUGAUGUGCGCCGCCGUGCUCGCCGCCGGCCUGCGCUGCGUCUUGGCGAGGGAGAAUGCGCGGCGGCGGCGGCGGAGGGAGCGCGGGGCGAUGAGGGGAGAAGACGUCGACGUCGGCGUCGGCGAGGAUGAAGCCGAGUUGGGGGUGCCCUUGGUUGGAGGCGGCGGGGAUGCGAGAGGGCGCGAGGAGGAAGAGUUUUUGUAUAUGCUUUAA